UAUUCAAGGGUUAACUGUAGGCUGGGAUAUUUAAACACCUCCAACUGAGGUAAGCACACAACUUGUUUGUUCAGGUAAAUAAGGAAGGAAUUAGAUAUAAUGGGCAAAGGAAGCUUUUUCCUGAACACAUUGCAUUCCUAGUGUUCAGUUCAGCUGCAGGGCUAUCCCUGGUACAUAACUAGAGUUAGGUGCCUGUUAUCUGAAUGCAUUUCUUUACAUAUUCAGCCCCUGCCACUGAGCUGCUCUGAACAGUCUGGUGGCCUGUAUGCAUUCCACAACCUGUGGCAGAUGCUUUUGGUGUUCUCUUCCACCCCAGGAAGUUUGAUGUGUCUUUAAGUACAUGGCCCUGUUGCAAAUAAUCAUUUGAUUCUGAUGCAAGAAGAAACAUCAACCUCAGCUGUUUGGUUGCCUUAACCAAGUCCCCAUCCUCUUUUCUUUGAGUUCUCCAUGCCCAGUGGGGGCAUUUCAGAUUGACAAGAGCAUUUUCAUUACAACUUUACUGGAUCGAUGCUGCCACUGAUAGUUGACACUUCUCUGCUAACCUAAAGGAUCUGGAGACAAACCUGUGCAGAGUGAUGGGCAGUGCUGACCAAGGUUUGACUGCUCUGCCACGCAGCCGGGUCACCCUUCAAGAGCCUUUGCUGUAUUCUGGUCUCGAGAAACUGCCUGUUGCCCAAGACCCUGACAGCCAGAGUUGGAGGUCCCUUGACAGCCCUAGCCCUCCUGCCACACCCGAGCAAACCCUACCCACCUUCUGCUUGCAGUACUUUGAUAUGCUCUACCCAGACGACAGCAACUGGGUUCCAAAGGGUCUGGGCGAAAGCCAGCAGCCCAGCAGCCAAGGCGGCAGGGCAGAAGUACCUAAAGAACCUGAGCAGUGCCCUAUCAUUGACAGUCAAGGUUUGAGCCUUACACCUGAUAUGGACUACCAAGCCAGUCUUCACCUGGAAGAACACUCCCUGGAGCAAGUGCAGAGUAUGGUGGUGGGUGAAGUGCUCAAGGACAUUGAAACAGCUUGCAAGCUUCUCAAUAUUGCUGCGGACCCAGCAGAUUGGAGUCCAGGGAAUGUCCAGAAGUGGAUCUUGUGGACAGAACACCAAUACAGACUCCCCCAGAUUGGGAAAUCAUUCCAGGAUCUGGGUGGGAAGGACCUGUGUGCCAUGUCUGAGGAGCAGUUCCGUCAGCGAUCCCCAGCAUGUGGGGAUGUCUUGCAUGCUCAUCUGGACAUCUGGAAGUCAGCUGCCUGGAUGAAGGAGAAAGCUGCCCCUGGAGAAAUGCAUUACUGUGGAAGUGAAGAGAACUGGACAGACAGUGAGGUGGACUCAUCCUGCUCUGGCCAACCCAUUCACCUAUGGCAGUUUCUGAAAGAGCUUCUUCUGAAACCCCAUAACUAUGGACGCUUCAUUCGCUGGCUUAAUAAGGAAAAAGGUAUAUUCAAGAUUGAAGAUUCCGCCCAGGUGGCUCGUUUAUGGGGAAUCCGGAAGAACCGGCCUGCUAUGAACUAUGACAAGCUGAGUCGCUCCAUCCGGCAAUAUUAUAAGAAAGGGAUCAUCAGGAAACCAGACAUCUCCCAACGCCUGGUCUACCAGUUUGUACACCCUGUCUGAAGAACCAAUUCAGAAACACUUACUACAUUAUGAGCUGGAGGACUUCUGGAAGCAUGGUACCCCUUAACCUCUGCAAUAUAACAAUUUUAAAAUGCAGAUGAAGUCAGGGGUUGGACAAAAGGCAGGAGCCCAUUGGAUUCGUCUGCUGAACUUGCAAAUAAUCAUGAGACCCCUGUUUGUUACUCGAGAACAGGGAAACAAAUAAACUAUUAUUGUCAAAGUAAAACAGCAAAGAGAAGUAAUUGCUGUGAAAUGUAUGAAGUAUGUAUGCUUCAUUUUGGGGUUCACAGGUUUGCAUAUAGGAUUUUUUCCCCUUUGCGUACAUUUAUCUAAACAUAUUAUCUAUACAGUAUCUCUACAUAUCCAGCUGCAUGCUUAUGGGAAGUCAAGAGGAGGAGGAAGGGUAACAGUACAGAGAGACUCGACUCUAACCAGCAGAUGUUGCUUCCUUUCCAUUGAAGUCAUUGGUAGAAUAUGGUAGGCAUAAAAGCAAAGGGUGGUUUGUUUUGGGCUUUUAUGCAACUUUGCUAAAUGCAAACUAGGGAGCAAAUCUCUCAAUAUCGCUCAUAAACGAGUCAGAUCUUGCAAUAAAUGCAUUUGGGUAGGACCUCAUAGCCUAAUCAUCAGUGCUGUAUGGUUCCAUAUUCUGUCAUGCUGCACUGCAAACUUAUAAGUUGUCUGAAUGCCCCAAUACCCUCUGA